AUGGCAGCGCUAUCAGAUGAAGCAUUCUAUGUGAUCUACUUCAUCGACCCCAUCAGCGCGAUAUUGAAUAGCCGCUUUCUGCUGGCCCUGUAUGAGACGAAUGCCAAACUUGAGAGGGGGGCCUCGUCGUUCUCGUCGUUUUCUGCUGGCAUGGGAAGGAUCGAUCUGGGGCAAGCGGGAUCUCCGGAGCUCCCAGACUUCCUUCACUCUCUCGGGGGGCCGAUCCAGUCCAUCCCCGACGGUGAACUGGAAAUAUUGGAUUCGGCGCCAGCGCCGCUGUCGGAGGGUGAGGAGGAAGUAGGCAUGCAUUGGGUAGCGGAAGCGGCGGAGGUGUCUGAUGGAUAG